UUUUUUGUUAUUUAUAAUUCAUUAUUCUGUUUUAAAACUUUCAAGCAUCCAAUCAGGGAGCUGACGCAAUACCAUGUCGCAGAGGUGACCAAUCACACAGCCCAAUUAACAGAUGACUAGCAAAUAUUGAAGGUGAUCAGUACUCAAGUAAUCCAUUCGUUCCAAGUUGUUCAUCCAAACUAAUAACAAAUACAUUUGCAGAAAUCUGAAUUGGUUCAUGACUGAGUCAUUUGAAAAAGGGGAAUAACUUCAUCAGAUCAUUUAUUCAUAAUGAAUAAUUCAACUAGCUCUAAUAUAUUUAAGAGCACUAUUUUAUUAUUUCCAUGCUGAUACUCUAUAAAUCUGACAAAAACAUGAACUAGGGGAAAGAUGCAGUAUCCACUGAAAAAGUUGAAAAGCUGGUGCUUAGGUUGUUUGAUGAGACAGUGAAUUGAAAGCUCUUACCAAGUACAAAUGUAACCCCUAGCAUUUCUUAUGCAUGAAACAACUAAAAAUCAUCCCACAGAGGUGAAUUGCCAAAGCUUAUAUCAUCAGAUCAUACCCUCCCCCACCCUCCAAAAAGCAGCAAGCAAAACGGGGAUAAAAUUAUAGAAAUUUUAAGUAUGUAACUUUCAAGAUCAAAGUGCUUGCAAGGACGUCUUGCAACUUAUUCAGCACGGGGUGUAGUUUCAUUUCUCCAGCCCCUAUCAUCUGCUCAACCUUGGCGGUAGUUCAAAGAAAAGAAAAGAAAAAAGGAAAAAGAGGGAAGAAAUAUGUUCCAUAUGAGGACAAUAUAAAGUUCACUUGGGAGCUGUGAUCUGAGCACUCCUCCUGGGCUUCCAACCCAAGAUCUUCAUUCUUUGGCCAUCAGGGACGUACCUUGCCUAUGAUAUUGCACUUGUUAGAAUGCUUCAGUUGAAGAUCAGCAAUUGACCAGCUAUUCUUUAAGGUAUGUGAUGCUAUUUCAGCUUUGGGGGUGUCAUCUCUAUAGUGUAGUAACAUGCCUAUGCCUAUGCCUGUGAAUAUGGCUAGGUCCAUUCCUUGCUGGCUUAAUUCUUCCUGACACUGUCUUUCUUAAACUUCGCUUUCUUCAGAUUUUCAUGUCGCCCUUUUAUUAUACCAGGGAUUUAUUCUUUGCCUGUUCAGUCAGGAGGAGGCAGUCGCUAUGAAGAUCCUAGGGGCACUGGUGACUUUGUUGCUCCUGUGGGAAGCGGUGUCUCAAAGCAAACGUAAUUCCAAAGCUCACAUGAAGACUCCUGCCCAGAAUCGAAAGGGCCCUAACCCCAGUGGGGAACUGGAGCACACUGCUGGUGAGGAAGACGUCUCUGUGGGAGUUCUUCCUCCUGUGGAAGAUGCCUUGGCACCACAGCUGAGAAGCACCUCACUUGCUUCUUGGCAUGCGCAGAAGGCACCCAAGGACAUGAAACUUUUCUUUCUGAAGAACCCCCUGAUCACCUGCAAUGAUGGGACAACAGCUGGGUAUUACUUAAGGGAGCACAAAGGGAGCAAGAGAUGGAUCAUAUUCUUAGAAGGUGGCUGGUGCUGUUAUAAUAAAGAAACAUGUGAUACCAGAUAUAAAAAUAUCCGUCGCUUAAUGAGCUCAUCUGAGUGGCCUCAAACAAAGAAAGGGACAGGCAUUUUGUCUGCCCAGAUGGAGGAGAGCCCUCACUGAUGGAACGCCAAUGCAGUGUUUGUACCUUACUGCUCGAGUGAUAUCUGGAGUGGAUCUUUGCCCAAGUCACAGCAAGCAGACUAUGCCUUCAUGGGAUCGCUAAUUAUCCAGGAGGUGAUUAAAGACCUGGUUCCUAAGGGAAUUAAGCAAGCUAAAGUGGUCCUGCUUGCUGGGGCGAGUGCUGGUGGGACUGGUGUGCUACUGAACCUGGAGAGGGUGGUGGCCCUUCUGGAGGAGCUAGAGGCUGAGGCAGUCCAGGUCAGAGGACUUGUUGACUCUGGCUGGUUCCUGGACAUUAAACAUCCAAGGCAAUCUGAUUGUUCAGAUGCUGCCUCUUGUGCCCCAGUGGGUGCAAUCAAGAAAGGACUCAGGAUGUGGAAUGGAAUCCUUCCAGAAAAAUGUAAACAGCAGUUCAAGAGAGUUAACGAGUGGCAAUGCUUCCUUGGAUAUAGGUUGUAUUCAUCCUUGAAAUCUCCAGUUUUUGUGGUUCAGUGGCUGUUCGAUGAGGAGCAGCUGAAAUUAGAAAAUAUCCAUCUUGGAAGUCAGCUCCUAACAGAAAAUCAGUGGCACUACCUACAAAACCUUGGGCGAGAACUUAGGAACUCAUUGCGUGAUGUCCCAGCUGUGUUUGCACCUGCAUGCCUGUCUCACACGCUGAUUACAAAAAGCUACUGGCUGGGAUUUCAAGUGAAGGGCAUUUCUUUGGCCAGAGCCUUGCAGUGCUGGGAGAAGAGCCUUCAAGACAGCAAUAAAGCCCCAAAGAUCCCCAUGAGAAGUUGUCCCUUCCAUCUGAUUGAUAACUGUCCAUGGCCCCAUUGCAACCCCACCUGCUCAGUUCUGCAUGACCACGGCACCGGCCAAGAAGUCAACUUCAUGCAGACUUCAUUCAGGAUGCGACUUGAUGUCCACAGGAAAGCUCAGGAGCUCAAAUCAGACCCCAGUCAACUGGGAAUGCUCAGCAACGGUGGCUAAUGCAUAAGCUUGACAUCCCUGUGGGUUAAUUGUAGCUCAGUGUCAAACAAUGCUGAGGCUGAGCAAAAGUCAAGGGUUUCUGUAGAGUUUAGGCACGUAUGGGGAUGUUCGUGUUCUGCCAGUCACCUGGUUGUAAUGACUGAUGUUUAUGUCAAUCUUACCUUGCACUGCUGCUGUUUCAAUCAUGUGAACUCAUAGCCUCAUUUUUACUCCACUGCAUCUGACAUAAGCCGCAGUACGGUUUGGAGGCCGCUACACAUUUUAGGGGUUUUUUUUUGGGGGGGGCAAACAGGGAUGAUUGUUGAACAAUCUUCAUUCACUUCCCUUUACACUCUGACUGAAUACCACCAGAUGACUGGGGGAUUAGCUGAGUCGAGUCUUCAUUUUGCAUGAUAACCUAAGAAAGUCUGAUUUCCUGUUUUUAUUUUAACUCCAUUUGCUGCCUAUUAAUAAAAUGAAGAGUAUGAACAAAAUAUUGAUCAAGCUUUGAAGGGCUUUGACUCAUUAGGAUGAAUUACUCUCAGUCAGACUGAUCCCUCGUGUAGAAAAGCCCAGGAAAGCGGGCCGUUCAGACUGUGCAGUUUCUCCACUCUGUUCCCCCACGUUGGCCAAUCAAGGAAGGAGGUUUGCCUUCUUGUGAAAUGAACACGGGACUCCCCCCACAGAUGCAGAGAGCCACACAGAGUGGGGAUGAUGCACACAAGGCCACCAAGGCUUUCCACAUGGAAGCUUUGUAUCUCUACACUGGCUCUGGGUGAUUGCAUGGUGGGAUGCUCUAUCCCUCUACCCCAGCUCCUGGACUGCACAGCUUUAUUUGCGCCAUACUCCCAGGACUUGCCCUGGAAACCCUCCCUAACAAUAAGUGUG